AUGACCAUUUUUAAUAGUACACUUACGUUGAAUACUAAAAAAUGGAACAAGCCUCCUUUUAUCAGCGAUUAUGUCAUACACGAGGAGGGAUACGAUUAUCGAUGUACACAAUAUACGCAUACUAGUUAUUUUGUAACAGAUUACGAUCCGACAAUCGAAGACUCUUAUACCAAACAAUGCGUUAUCGACGAUAUUCCUGCGAAACUUGACAUAUUAGACACAGCAGGUCAAGAAGAGUUUAGUGCAAUGCGGGAACAAUAUAUGAGGAGUGGCGAAGGUUUUCUUCUUGUAUUUUCAAUAACUGAUCCUUCAUCUUUUGAAGAAAUAUUAAAAUUUCACAAACAAAUACUUAGAGUAAAGGAUCGAGAAGAGUUUCCCAUGCUUAUGGUUGGCAACAAAGCUGAUUUGGACUAUCAUAGAGUUAUUGAAGUUGAAGAAGCACAAAAUAGGGCUCGUCGGUUGAAAAUUCCUUAUAUCGAAUGUAGUGCAAAAUUAAGAAUGAAUGUUGACCAAGCCUUUCAUGAAUUAGUAAGAAUUGUCAGAAAGUUUCAGUUGUCUGAAAGACCACCACUAGAAUUAAACUAUAAGAAAAACAAGAAGAAAUGUUGUAUGUUGUAAU